UGGACACAACGCCGGGUGGCGGCCAAAGAUUUCCGAAAGAAUUCCUGUGAUUAUGAACAACCUGCGCCUGCUGCGACAUCUACAGCGUGUGCGGAACGGCGAGGGCCUGCGAUGGAUGGCCAGCCAGCACAAGAGACGACCCCAGCUGGGCCAGCUGCCGCCCGAUCGCUUGGAGCAGUUACGAAGCGAUCUCUUCGAGCGGCGCCAGGAGCUUGCCUGCGAUGAGUGGCUGGAGGUGCGCCGGUCCCUAGUGGAUGGCCACAAGCACAUCAAUGCUCACAACGUGGACGCCGUGAUCCUGGGCGUGUGCAGCGGACCUCGCCAAUUGGCCCUGGCCAAGAACUAUGUGGAGUUCCUGCGCAGCCAGGGCUCGGAACCCAAUGCGGCUACCCUUGGCCGUCUGCUGAGGGUCUACAAUGCUGCCUACCAGGAGCGGCCGCUCAGUGCGACAGAGCACGCGGAGAUCCUAAAGAUUUGCGAGACUCUGCAGGCGAAUCACGAAACUCUGGACGCCAUUAGCUGCGAGCAUCUGAUCCAUGGGCUGGUGGCUACCAACGACGACUGGCAGCGUGCCCUGCCGCUGCUGGAAAUGAUGAAAGUAACCAGUACGCCCAGCGUGGCCGCCUAUAGUGCGCUGGCCGGGAAGGCCUUCAGCUCGGCUGAGAAGCCGGAGCAUUUGGAGUUGGCCUGGCGCCUGCUUGAAGAGAUGGCCCUUUCCCGCAAGCUGCCCAGGUGUGAGGUCUAUCUAGCGCUGUUCGCUCGCAUCGCCAAGCAACCAGGUAAACUUCCAAAACAGCUCCGUCGGUUGUUGCAGUUCCUCGAGCGCCACGAGAUUCUAGUCAGCCAGCGGGUUGCAGAGCGACUGCGAGACCUGGCCCAGCAGCUGCCGACCCCGCGUAUCCUAGAGGCCAAAGUCACGCAACUGGGGGCCCUGGGCAAGUGCCAGGCUUGCCAGCAGCACCUCCAGCCAGUUGCCAUCAGUGACGAGCAGUUCCGGCAGCUUAGCGAAUGCUUCCUGGAGCGAGUGCUGAUACGACGCGACGUCUUUCAACGCUCCUCGCCCGAGGAGGUGGCCCGGUUUAAGAAGUAUGUAGAGCGGACGGCGCCCUACGACUGUGUGAUCGAUGGUCUGAACGUGGCCUACUCCACGGGCACAAAGAAGUCGCCUCAGCAGCUGGCCAAGCUGGUGGCCACCGUGGUGCGACACUUUCGGGAGCAGGACAAGCGUGUCCUAGUUCUGGGACGUGAACACAUGCGCAGCUGGUCCAAGCAGGCCAUGCACUACGUCCAGAACAAUGCCAGCCUCUUCCUCACCAACAAUCUAUCUCAGGACGAUCCCUUCCUGCUCUAUGCCACGUUACGCAGCGGCCAAGAAACGGACUUCUUCUCCCGCGACCUAAUGCGCAGCCACGCCUUCCACCUAGGGCCUGAAUUGAAGCCCAUCUUUAGGCGCUGGCAGCAGGAGCACCAGUUCUCGCUGGUCACCCAAACGCAGUCGGGCCAAAUCAUAGUUAAGGAGCCCAUCCGUCACAGGCUGUGCGCCCACGAGGUCUCCGGUGGCACCUGGCACGUGCCCUACUGUGAAGCGUAUACGCAGCAUCCCUCAGACAGCUUUGAGGUGCCUGCAAACUGGCUGUGCCUCAAGCUGAGCCCAUGAAAAGUGGAUCGAAAUAUGGUAAGAAGCGUGGCCUUGGCCAUGUAUUGUGAUAGUUUGUACGUGAAAAGUCUAAUAAACUAGAGGGCCGUCUGAUCUUAUCCCAAUCCUAA